AGCAGCGAAUUGUUUUGAAGAGACUAGACUGAGCGAAACGAUGAGCAACGUUCAGGUGGUAGGACCAGUUGCAGUUUGCUGGGCAGUAGAUGUCUACGAGUUGGUGCAGGCGACAUUCAGCAGACUUCUGUCCGAGUGCUGUCGCUAACACGCCGAGUGGGAAAACUCGUACUCUCUGUGAGCCUCGCUUGCCUUUCGGCUAACAGCGGUGUAUACUAGUGGCGCAAAGCCUAAAGCAGUAAAGGGACGGCAAGCGACAUUUGCACAAUUCUGAGUUGAGCGAGCAGGACCUAUUGUGAACUAGUUACUUGGAGGUACAGAUAGCAGAGUGAGGCUUGCAGCUGAGGGGAUUCUCUGUACUGGCCAAUAGUAUUAGUAUCGGUGUUUCCGAAACGGAUGCAGCUGAGCUCGAGGGUCGAAGAUGUCCUUGAACAGCACAUACGACAGGGCCCUGAUCGCCACCACGUACGCCAGCUGCGGGCUAUCCAUGAGCGGUCUCCUAGUAACCCUUGUUACCAUAGCAAUACAGAGGAAGUUGCGCGAGUCGACGCACCAGAAGCUGAUGUUUGGCCUGUCGCUGACGCUCUUGAUCAGCCUGCUCCUGUUCCUGCCAGCCGGCGACCUGGGAGUCGUGCAGCCGCACCACACUCCGGACAACCCGCCGCUAGGGUGCUCGGUGUUAGCGCUGUUCCUACACUAUCUACUGCUCUGCUCUUUUCUGUGGUCGUGUGCGGACGCCACGCAGCUGUGCCAGAAUAUCUCCAAUAGCCUACUGGGAAAAAAGGCAGAUUUCAACUUCAGUGGGACAUUUUGGCUUGUCUUGGGCACUCCGCUGCUGAUUGUGACCAUCACGGCCAUUGCGACGGACAUGAUGGCGUAUGGCAAGCCAGAGGGAGGCAUUUACUGCUGGAUCAAGGAUUGGCGUAUGUUCUACGCAGCCUUUGUGCUGCCAGUCUCCGCCUGUAUCCUGUACAACAUGGCCAUGUUGAUACCCGUCAUGCGCUUCCUCCAUCAGCAGAGCCGGAAGCGGCUGACGCCGGCCAUGGAGGCGGAGCGCGGCCAGCAGAUGGCGCUGUUCCGCGUAGCGCUCUCGCUGGCCAUGUUCCACGCCAUGGUGUGGGCGUUCGGCCUGCUGGCCGUGCUCAUCGACCAGACGACGAUGCACUUCACGCUGAUGCUGCUGACCGCGCUACAGGCGCUCACCAUCUGCGUUAACACGCUCUGCUCGCAGGGCGUGAUGGCCGACUGGAUGGAGCUGGUGAUGGCGUCGCACAGCACGAACAGCGCCACCACGGUCAGCAGCAGCACCACAACGGUCAACAGCAGCAGCACCGCGGUCAACAGCACCGCGUCCGAUCACUCCUCCUCCUGCAUGCCGCCCAUACUCGCACGCCUGCUCAGUCGCACGCUCUCGGCGUCGUCGGCGACGACGCAGAGCGUCUCGCUGAGCGGCAGCCUGCAGCAGGUGCAGGUGCAAAAGUCGCAGAGCUGCCCGGGCGGCGCCAAGAGGGGCAGCCGCUCCACAUCGCCGCUGCCGUACCCGGGCAGCAGCCUGCACAACAUGGUCCAAUGGCUGCCGCCCGUGACCCCGCAAGCGCUCGAGUUCGAAAAUUCCUCCACGGCGCCGGAUUCAAAGAUGGCCGGCCAGCGUACAGCCGCUGUGGAGACUAAGGUUACGACUGAGAAGUCCCCGGACACUGCCGUAUAGAUCACGCUAUCGAUGGGAGACUGAAUUCAUCGGCAAACGUGUCUCGGCAAACGAGCCUUGGCAAACACGCGUGGCUGCAGGACUAGCGGAGUCUCCAACGAUCUUUACACUACGGUCGAAACGUUCAUAUUCCACCAGCUGGCACUACGUUUAGAACUUUAGACCCUCACAGCUGUCCUUGUGAGCAUCGCUCACAAGGACUCACGGGCCAGAAACAUGCACAAUCCAGGCAUUGCUGGUAGCCCACAGGUGCCGUUCCGGGCUGCAGCUUCAAAGCUUUCGUACAACCGGGACUCUAAUCGGACCCAUGUUCCAUUCCGUAUCCCGAUAAGGCUGCACUGCCAGAGCCGCCGCGCAUGAUGGCAUUACGUCCGCCCUGAAGCAGGUAAUUUCGAGUGUUUUCUUCCGACAACACCGCUCUCCUGUACAGGGGAAAAGAGAUUCUUGAACGAGACUGCUAGAAAGUAGGCCAAGCCAACCCAGAACAGAUCUGCAGCCGGAAUCUCCCAAACCCUCACUAGAUACAGGCAAUUGUACUGCACACCCAUUAGGAUUUUUCAUUGAGAUGACAUAUACCGAUUUAUUUCUCUUUUUUUUCACUAUCUCUCGC